CUUUUAUCUCAAAAUCAAGUACACAAACAAAUGCAUUCUCUUAACGUCCCAAAACGUUACCUUUCACGUCGUCAAACUUACCGUCCAUCAUCCUCAUGGCCGCUUCUUGUGACGACGAUUUCUCUCUCUUAGCUGACGAUAACACCACCACCUCCGUCCCUCCUUUCUCUCACCGUUACAAGCCGCCGUUACAACGCUGUUCCAAAAAUAUCUCCGGCGAUGAUGACGUCGACGGUGACGUCGACGGUGAAGGAUACAGUGAUGUACAACCCUAUCAUAUAAAUCCUUACGACGAGAACGAUUCGAUUCCGUUCGAAAACGACGCCGUUGUUAACAGAUCUAACGAUAAACGAACGGAUCGAGUGAAUUUGUACGAAAAUGAUGCCGUUGUUGUUAACAGAUCUAACGAUAAACGUAUAGAUCGAGAAGAUAACAACUACAAGAGAUCGAAAAUCAGAGUGAAUCCGUUGGAUGUUUACGAGAACGAUUCGAAUCUGUUCGAAAACGACGUUGAUGUGAACGGAUCUAGGGUUAAUUCAUCGAACGAUAAGAGAAUCGUCGAUCGAGAAGAUAUUAGCGAUAACAACAAUUACAAGAGAUUGAAAAAUUUGUAUGAGAAUGAUUCAAUUCCGUUUGAAAACGAUAAACGUAUAGAUCGAGAGGAUAUAAGCGAUAACGGAACGAUAACGCCGUAUAAUAACAGCUACAAGAGAUCGAAACUCACGUCGAGUAGCGGGAGUGGAGAGUAUAGGAAGGAUCGAGAAGAAUGGAGCGAUACAGCGAUCGCGUGUUUACUGGAGGCGUAUAUGGAGAAAUUUGUGCAGUUGAAUAGAGGUAAUUUGCGAGGUAGAGAUUGGGAAGAAGUAGCGGCUAUGGUUAGUGAAAGGUGUGAGAAACAAUCGAAGAGUGUUGAACAGUGUAAGAAUAAAGUUGAUAAUUUGAAGAAGAGGUAUAAAUUGGAAAGGCAUAGGAUGAGUACUGGUGGGAUUACGAUGAGUCAUUGGCCGUGGUUUAAGCAAAUGGAACAGAUUGUUGGGAAUUCGGUAUCGGUGAAAGGUGGUGCUACGUCUGAGGAGGAAAAAACCAUCGUUGCGAUGAACAAUCCUGGUAUUAGCAGGCAAUCGAAAAGAUAUGGAACACCAGUGCCUGGUCCCAGCGGACAGAUUGUAAAGUCAAAAUCUUCUAUGGGUCCAAGGUGGAGAAGGGUAGUUCUUAAAAUUAGUGGUGCUGCACUAGCUGGAGCCACACCAAACACUAAUGAUCCGAACAACCUUGAUCCAAAGGUGGCAAUGCUAGUUGCUAGAGAAGUCUCAAUUGCUUGUCGUCUUGGUAUAGAGGUGGCAAUAGUUGUUGGCGGACGCAAUUUCUUUUGCGGAGACACAUGGGUAACUUCAACUGGAUUGGAUAGAUGUACUGCCUAUCAAAUUGGAAUGAUGGCAACUAUGAUGAAUUCCAUACUGCUACAGUCGGCAUUAGAGAAGGUGGGUGUGCAGACUCGUGUGCAAAGUACAUUUUCCAUGCCUGAGCUUGCUGAGCCAUACAGUAGGCAACGAGCUAUACGACAUCUUGAAAAAGGUAGAGUUGUGAUAUUUGGUGGUAUUGGAGCUGGCACGGGGAAUCCGCUCUUCUCUACAGAUACAGCUGCAGCACUCAGAGCUUCUGAAAUUCAUGCUGAUGCACUGCUCAAGGGUGCAAAUGUAGACGGUGUCUAUGUUUGUGACUCCCGAAAUAAUAGUGUUGCUGCUGAGCAUAUUUCCUAUAGGGAGCUGGGUUCCGGAGGAGAUUCCCCAUUGGAUAUGAUGGCUGUUACAUUAUGCGAGGAGAAUGCAAUUCCUGUUGUUAUUUUCAAUCUUCAUGGGUCUGGAAAUAUAUCAAGAGCGUUAUGUGGAGAGCAGCUGGGUACACUGAUCGAUCAAACAGGACGGGUUAGCUAGCGUUUUCUUGACGUAUGUGUGGCAUUUGCUUUCAUCACAGAACUCCGAGGUUAAUUUAUUAAAAACGAUAGAGAGAUUCACAGAGAGCAGCAUUGAGGCUGCAAUGGCCAUGGAAUUUCUGAGUUGAGCGCCCCAUGACCUAUACUCGGAUUUGUUUUAUAACAUGGGAAGGCGAUAAUUGGAUCUUACUUAAAACAGAUUAUUACAAAGAUUAAGAUAUCACCUAGUUUAUAGAACUGAUGAACUGUAUGUUGUAGUUUAGAUUUUCUUUCGACUGAACUUACUGGAAUAGUGUUAUAGGUUGGAUUAAACAUGUGUAGUGAGUUGAGUUAAUGUUCUUGGAAGGAAUAUACAUGCAGUUUUUGGGAUCUUUGAAGAUAUGCAAGUCGAUCCCUUUUAAUUUUGGUC